GGACCCGAUAGUCUAUCUCAGCCCCAUGUGGCUAAAGCCAAUCAGCAUUUCCAAUUUGGUAACCACGAACCUUUGAUGUCACUUUGCUCGUCCUUGAACUGCACCAUUUCCAGUCUUCCGAGCUUGCUCAGGCUACAAACGACACAUCGCAGAGAUCCUCGUUGAAUAUCGCAGCCAUGGCGGCUAGGCAACCAGUCGACACCUUUCUCUUGAGUUAAUUCCGGUAACUGUGAAUGCCGUUGCUAAUUCACCUUUAUAGCUUCAACCAGACGGCUCUCUACGAUACCACUCCCCUCCCGGACAACAUUCCUAAGGUCAAGGAGGUCGGCGCCACAUCUGCGCCUCUUCUCUCCGCUGCGUUCUUCAUCGGCGCCCGAUGUCAACCCUACAACGAUGACUUCAUGCAAUGCAAGAACGAGAACCCCGGCAGGGGUGAGUUCGAGUGUUUAAAGGAGGGUCGCAGAGUAACCCGAUGUGCCUCCAGCGUGAUUAGCGAUAUCAACACUCACUGCCUAGACGAGUUCCGCAAGCACUGGCAGUGCCUGGACGACAACAACCACCAGCUAUGGCAGUGCCGGAAGCAAGAGUGGAAGCUCAAUAGCUGCGUAUAUACCAACCUAAAACUGGAAAAGACCAUCCCCGGUGCCCCCAAGGACCAGGUCCCCGUCCAUCUCCGGACAACUCAGAUCUACGCCCACUACCCUAUUCUAAGAGACCGCGGCCAAAAGCCGUUCGGAAAGGCCAUCGAUCCGCCCUCAGCACAAGCCGCCCAGGCCGAUGCGCCAGCAGCAUGAGGGGAUCUUGGUUUGGCCAUCAAUUAGAGGCGUUAAGAUAACUUAUGUAAAUAAGAAAUGAAGUUAGGUCAACGUAAUGUUCAUUACAAAAGACCUUACUUUAGUUAUCAUCGGUACCAAUGUGUCCAUGAUCACUAUACCCACAAUGGAAUUCCACUGACUAAAGAGAUACUGAAAAGCAGAGUCGCUUAACCUUGCUCUCGUGUUCACUUUACCAUGUUGAAAUCACUAAAGUAUCAAACGACUUCGACUCAACAAAUAUUUUAGCAUAUAAUUGUAGUAACAAAACUAGCUAAGCGCUGUCAUUCGUUCUCUUU